ACACACACUCCUCACUUUCUUGCUGCUUUUUUCACACAAAUUUUUCUAUCCUAUGUUUUAACAUACAAUUUUGAGCCAAUCCCUUCUUCCUCCAAAAAGACCUUUCUUUACCAAGAAAUAUAUACUUAUACUACCCUACCCACCCCCACCAUCCCACUCCCACACCCUUCUUCCCCAUAAAGAAAAACACACUUUUCCUCAUCUAAAACAUUAAACUAAAGAAAAAAGAAGGCUUAUCCAACUUGAAAAAUUCCCUCCCCUUAAAAAAAUUAUUCCAUGAGUUAAAGCAAGGAGAUUUGCUUUGUUAUUUGAUGUUGAUUAGAUGGAUACCUUGUUCAGACUAGUCAGCCUUCAAUCUGAUCAGUCCAGCACCACCACCAGCUCCAAAUCCUCUAAGCAAAACCCUAAUUUCGACGAAGAAUGCUUCAACCUUUUCAUGGAUGACGAGGAUUUCUCUUCUUCUUCCUCCAAGCACUACCACUCUGUACCUCCUCCUCAUCCUCCUCCUCCUCCCGACGUCGCUGUCGAAUUCGCUGCGGUUUUAUCCGGAAACAGCGCCAAUUGGUCACACGACAUUCUUCUGGAAGCUUCUAGAGCCAUCGAGGAUAAAAACAGCGGCCGCGUGCAGCAGCUGAUGUGGAUGCUGAACGAGCUCGGAUCUCCUUAUGGAGAUAUUGAUCAGAAGCUUGCUUCGUAUUUUUUGCAGGCGAUUUUCAGCCGGAUUACUGAUUCCGGCGAUCGGACUUAUUCGACGCUUGUGGCGGCGGCGGAUGGGAAUUGCUCCUUCGAAUCGACGCGGCGGACGGUGCUGAAGUUCCAGGAGGUGAGCCCGUGGACGACGUUCGGCCACGUGGCGUCGAACGGCGCGAUCAUGGAGGCGUUCGAGGGGGAGAGGCGCCUGCACAUCGUCGACGUGAGCAACACGUUCUGCACGCAGUGGCCGACGCUGCUGGAGGCGAUCGCCACGCGCGCGGACGACGUCACGCCGCACCUCCGCAUCACGGCGGUGCUGGCGCGGGGAUCGUCGUCGGCGGCGGCGCGGAGGGUGAUGAGGGAGAUCGGGAGCAGGAUGGAGAAAUUCGCGCGGCUGAUGGGGGUUCCGUUCGCGUUCGCCGCCGUGCACCACGGCGGAGAUCUGGCGGAUCUCAGCCUCGCCGAUCUGGAUCUCAAAGACGACGAGGCGCUCGCGGUUAAUUGCGUCGGGACGAUGCGAUCCGUGGCGGCGAUCGGCGAUCGGAGGGAUAAUCUGAUCGAAUUGUUCCGCCGCCUCCGGCCUAGGGUUUUGACGGUGGUGGAGGAGGAGGCGGAUCUCGAUUUAGGACUAUCGAAUGUCGAAUUCAUCGACGGAUUCAGAGAGUGCUUGCGGUGGUUUAGGGUUUACUUCGAGGCGCUGGAGGAGAGCUUCCCGCGCACGAGCAACGAGCGGCUGAUGCUGGAGAGGGCGGCGGGGAGGGCGAUCGUCGAUCUGGUGGCGUGUCCGCCGCAGUAUUCGGUGGAGCGGCGGGAGACGGCGGCGCGGUGGUCGCGGCGCUUGCAUGGCGGCGGAUUCACGCCGAUCGCGCUGAGCGAGGAGGUGUGCGACGACGUGCGCUCUCUGCUGAGGAGGUACAGGGAGGGGUGGACGAUGGCGCCGUCGCCGGAUUCCGCCGGAAUAUUCCUUUCGUGGAAGGAACAGCCGGUGGUGUGGGCGAGUGCAUGGAAGCCUUGCUGAUUGAGACUUCCACCAAUGCUCGCACGUGCGAAGCAAAUUUGGAAAAAGAAAAAAAUAAGUAGGUAUUAUUAAUUAAUUAAUGGUGUUAAUUUCUUUUUCUUCUUCAUGAAUUUUCUUUUAUUUUUCUUCACUUUGGAUAUUUUGAUAGAAUUGAAGUGACUAAUUGAUCUUAUUGAGAUUGUUAAGUAUCAUUUUUUCUAUCUAAAUAGAAAGAUUUAGUUAUUAGAUUUGGAAGUGAAUUAAUGUACUAUAUGUAUGUAUUGACUGUCAAUUUCAUGAAGUGGGUUUUGAGCUAAA